AUGAUUCCAGGAGCUAAGGUGACCGACAACAACGUGGGCGGUAUUGUUGAUUAUAUAUUAGAACAAAAUAAAGCACAACAAAAACCAGUGGCGUCUUUGGCAUUUAAAGGAACUGUGAUUAGUGCCUCACCUUCAGCUCCUAAAGUUGCUUCAUUUUCUAGUCGUGGUCCUAACCUUAUAACACCAGAAAUUCUUAAACCAGACGUUAUCGCACCGGGUGUUAAGAUCUUGGCUGCAUGGACCGGAGAUGCUAGUCCAUCAGGUUUAGAAUUCGAUCAAAGGCGGGUCAAAUUCAAUUUCAUUUCCGGUACUUCGAUGGCCUGCCCUCACGUGAGUGGAAUAGCUGCAAUGCUUCGGGCGGCCCAUCCUAAGUGGACUCCUGCUGCUGUCAAGUCUGCUCUUAUGACUACAGCUUAUAAUUCAGACAAGGCCGGUAAACCGAUUACUGAUCAGGCGACUGGAGAAGUUUCAACACCAUUCAAACAUGGUGCUGGACAUGUUGACCCCAACAAAGCCUCACACCCUGGUUUGGUAUACGACAUCCAGCCAAGUGAUUAUGACGCGUUCCUCUGCUCCAUGGGGCACAGUCAGAAACAAAUGUCCCUCUUUACCAAGGAUAGGAAGGUCGAUUGUGAGUUGCAUAAAUUAUCUGCAGGUCCAGGCGAUCUGAAUUACCCAUCGUUCUCGGUUGUUUUCAAGUCAUUCAAUAACUCUAUUACGUACAAGAGAGUAGUCACUAAUGUUGGGAGCUUGCUAGUGGCAACCUAG